ACAUUUUCCAUCUGGUGAUUCCUCGAAUUCAACCUUGGGGUGAGCGCUGUUUUGCGUUGUGUUCUUUGUUAGCAGUUUCGGUUUGCAUUCGAAGGAGAUAACGAUUCACAGCUCGAUGUGUGGUUUAAGCGAUCAAAAUGGGAAUUACCUUUCAACUGUGUGUCCUCGCCUUCCUGUUGACUUUCGCCGGGUACAGUGCAGGGUUUAAGCCGGUCGUCCUCUUACAUGGGAUUCUGUCGGGGUCGGAAAAUAUGGUUUCGCUGGGUCAGGAAAUCGAGAGGGAGCAUCCCGACACCAAAGUGUACAAUUGCGACAAGUUUUCUGGCUGGAACAGCUUGGAAAGUGCCUGGCGUCAAAUCAAGGAGAUCGGGGAAUACCUGAUGACGAUCUGCAAACUUCACCCAGAAGGCGUUCAUUUGAUCGGAUACUCUCAGGGAGGACUGCUUGCCCGGGCCAUUCUCCAGUCAUUUCCAGACCACAACGUGAAGACGUUUAUAUCCCUGUCCGCGCCGCAAGCCGGCCAGUACGGAACUUCCUUUCUGCACUUGAUAUUUCCGGACUUAAUGGCGAAGACCGCGUUCGAGUUGUUCUACUCGCGUGUAGGCCAACACACGUCGGUGGGGAACUACUGGAACGAUCCGUACAAGCAGGAGCUUUAUUACGAGUAUAGCACCUUCCUGCCGUAUGUGAACAACGAAAUCAUGUCUGCCAAUUCGAGCAAUUUCAAGGAGGGACUUCUCAAGCUGAAGAGGAUGAUCCUCGUCGGUGGCCCAAAUGAUGGAGUCAUCACGCCGUGGCAGUCGAGCCACUUCGGGUAUUUCAACGGCUCUCUAGACGUCAUUCCACUCGAAGAGAGGCCUAUCUUCACCACGGACGCGAUCGGGCUGAAAACUUUGUCGGACGACGGGCGAUUGGUGCUUGUGACUGUGCCGCAUGUCAACCACUUCCAGUGGCAUCGGCGGAAGUCGCUCAUACGGAAAUACAUUUUACCACAUUUAGACUGACUGAGCUCUCUAGAAAUGACUGUGUACGUUAUAAAUAUGAACAUUCCUUAAGAGGAAAAGAAUAAAUUAAUGCUAGCAUGAC